UUACUUUAAUUAUAAACAUAUUAACAUUAUCUAUCAUUCAGUUAUUUGUAAACAUACACACAAAAUCGUGAAACCCAUUUUUUAAAAAAUUGCCUUAAACCUCCUAAAACCUUUGCACGGCACUGAUAACAUAAAGUCCAUUCAAAAACUAGAAGACUAUUCUCGUCUCUCCCACAAUGAACUUAAUAUAGGCUGGCUUGUUGUGGCCCCAAAAAGUUAAAGAGGAACAAUAAAAACAUGAAUGCAUUUCUGAUAUAAGGUGAAAGAUGCACAUGAAAAAUGGUGUUAGCGUUCAGAAAAGGAAAGUAACUUAAAAUACAAAAGAAAUUUAUUUCCAAGAAUAACAUAGAUAUUAUGUUUAGUACAAAAUAAGACUCAUUAAUCGUGUGUUAUUAUCCUUUUCUACAUUUCAAAGGCUCAUAGAUUUAAUUUUUCAAUUAUUUGGUUUGAUUGGUAGUUGUAGUCCAUGUAUACCACUUUGACUGAUACUAAUAUUUUGAUAUUUUCUUACAAUUUUUCUGUAUUUAUUUAUUUAUGGUUGGUUUUUAUUCCAAAACAGACUAAUACAAUGCGUGUAAUGCUUUCACUCUUUCUUAAGCACAAUCCGCCUAGACUAUGGUCACGUAUUCACUCAUUUCUUCUUUACUUAUUAAAAUGUAAAAAAUCUGAUUAAUAAUUUUCAUUUAAUUCUUGCUAAUAAUUUUCAUUUAAUUCUUGCUAAUAAUUUUCAUUUAAUUCUUGCUUCGUCUUUUCAUCACCAAACUCAAAAAGAAAACAAAUCUCCUAACUUUAGAUAUUUCAAAAUCUGUUUUUAUUUGUUUCCUGUUUUUGUGUUCUCUUCUGCUUGAUGGUAGGAUCUCAAGUUAACAAGAGAGGACUGUUACAUUCCCCAAAACCUGAUCUCUGUCAGAAAGUAUCAAGCUUUGAGCUUGAUGAUCUCCAGUUCACUGUGGUCUUCCAAGAUUUGAGGUAGAGGAUGGAGCAGUUCAAAGAGAGGAAGUUUGUGUGUAAGUUCUGUAGCAAGAGGUUCGCUUGUGGCAAAUCACUGGGAGGUCACAUCAGAACUCACAUGAACAAAGAGAACUCAGCUGAUUCAGAUGAGGAUGAGCACAACAAGCUCAGGAUCGACGAAAAUGGAGGUCAAGCUAGCUACGGUCUGAGAGAGAAUCCUAAAAAGAACAAGAAGUUUGUGGUUCACAGAGACAUGAUAGCUCUGAAACAUCAGCAUCAACAACAGCUUCUUUAUUGCAGAGAAUGUGGUAAAGGUUUCACUUCUUCGAAAGCUCUUUGUGGUCACAUGGCUUGUCACUCUGAGAGAGAGAAGAUUCUGAUGGAUGGUCAAUCUGAUACUGAAGCUUCUUCCUCUCCUAUCAGGAGAAGAUCAAAGAGAGCUGUGAAACAUCAUCAUAACCACAAGGCUGAUGCUUUUGUUGAUGGUGAUAGCAUCAUGGAUCAAUCUGAUUCAUCAGCAUCUGAGAUUGAACCGGAGCAAGAGGAAACAGCAUUGUCUUUGAUGAUGCUGUCUAGAGACUCAAGUUUCAAGAAAGUACGUAACUUGGUUGUGAACUCUCUGGCGGAGUCAUCAGACAACAACUCUGUGAUUCUUGAGACUAAGUCAUCUUCAGGGGAACAGCUCAAGAUCUUACAUGUGAAGAAUGUUGAGGAGUUUUGUAAGAAAGACAAACUUGGUGGAGUGGAUAAUGGUGAUGUUCUGUAUGAUUCAGACAAUUCUGAUUCUGGUUACUUCAGGAACGGACCAAAGAAGUUGGACUCAGAUGUUUCUGUUGAUGGGUUCCUCAAGAACAAUGCAUCUAGUAACAAGUCUGCAAUGGGAUUCAACAGCUACACACCAAAAAAGGAAAAGAGCUUGAACAGAUUCAGGAACGAAUGGUCAGGUUCAGGAUCAGGUCGUUCUUCUACAAAGUAUGAUCUGAGGCAAAGCAAAAGAGGGUUUCCUUGUUACGGUAGAAAGAAAAUCAAGUACGAGUUCACUGAAUCUGUGUAUGACAGUGGUGAUCAGCUUAGCUUGGAGACUGAUUCUUGUGCGGACACAAACAGAAGUAUCAAGAAGAUUCAUAAUAGCAAACCCCCAAUGGUUAAGAAAGUAAGUGGUGGGGCAAAGAAGAAAAGCAAAGGUCACGAGUGUCCAAUUUGCUUCAGGGUGUUUAAAUCGGGACAAGCUUUAGGUGGUCACAAGAGAUCACAUUUCAUUGGGAGUCAAGAUCACAGGACUUUGGUGAUUCAACACCACCACCAAGUAGCUCAUGAUAUGCAUACACUCAUCGAUCUCAAUCUUCCUGCUCCUAUUGAUGAGUGAAUGAAUCAGUGAUCAAUUUUUUUGUUCUGAUUAUUAUUAUUGUUUCCUCUCUGUUUUCAUUUCUUUGCUUCAGAUUCAAGAAUGCUUUUGGUUCAGAAGGUAAAAAAGCAAAGUGUUUUAUAUUCA